ACAAGGAAUUCAUACGACGUCGCUUGGGUCCAUUGUUCAAUUUACCGCUACCAAGGCUAAAGCUAUACGAUCUCUCUCUAACUCAUUGCCGUUGCCAUCGCCAUCGCCGUCGCCGUCGCCAUCAUCAUCAUCUGCCUCUGUCAAAGCUCUCCGAUAUGGCCACUUUAGCGGCGGCUGUAGCUCGUCAAGCAGCUACUCUUUCUCGUCUUUCCUCUCCCAAAACAUCCGCUCAAGCUGCCUCCCUCAUCCACCGCCGUGGCCUAGCCGGCGCUGCUGAUCAUCAUGGCCCUCCAAAAGUAAACUGUUGGCAAGACCCUAUGAACCCAGCUAAGUGGAAGGAAGAGCAUUUUGUAAUUGUCUCUUUAUCUGGCUGGGGUCUACUAUUCUUUGGUGGAUACAAGUUCUUUACAAAAGGCAAAGGCAAGAAGGAAGAGACUCUGCUAGAAGCGUCACACUGAGGUUUGGAGCUUUCAGUCAUCCGUCAACAUUCCUGGUAGUAAUGUGUAUUGGAAUUUAAUUGUAUUGUUCGCAGAUUGUUCUGCCAACCAGUUUGUGAUCUAUUUUAUUGGAGAAUGAUGCCCAGUUGGAGUUAACUACAUGCUUUUUUGGAAGAAUAAACCCUUUUCAUCUGCUUGUCCUUCGAGUGUUUGUUCUUUUCAUUUUGACCUUUACCUUUUAUACUCUAAUAAAAGGACUUUUUUGAAUGUU